AUGGAUAUAAAUGUGUGCUCUCGCCGAGUCCACGACGGUUAUGCAACAAUCAGAAGACCAAGAAGCAGACCUAGAGCGGUCUAUCGAUCAGACUCCGAAGAGUUUAUAAAAGACGUAACACCGUACGCCCUGGCCGUAGUUUCAGACAUCCCCCAGAUCCAUCAGGUCCCACGAUGGUCCGAAGGGAAUUCUUGCAGCAAAAGGUUGCUGGAGAACUACGGCACCCUCCGGCAAAGAGCCUCCGACGUAAAUUCCCAAGAGUCGAAAGUCUUCAACACUUUUGCCAAGCAAAAGCCUUCAGACGACAGACUUUACGAUUCUAUACCUUUAGAAUCAAUCAACUCUUCAGAAUCUUCCCCGAAGAAACUGAUCGAGAACUUCUACGACCCCGUCGCUCCCGAUUCGCCUCCCAAGGUCCAGAAAAGAGAGAAGGAAAAGCCAAAAAGACGGAGCCAGCCGAAGCAAAUUCCAAUUUAUGCGAUUCCAAAUCCAAUUCCAAAGCCAAAGGACCCAAAGCCCACCAUUGACAGCAACUACGUUCCAAGUGGCGACUUGUAUCGCACCACUGCCAAGUACAUUGAAGACAUAAACAAGAACAUCGCCGAAAUAGACAAAAGCUACGAAGAAUUCGGCUACACAUCAGGUUACGGAGUGAUUCGGACAAAAUCAGACGUCCAAGAUCAGGAAAACCUUUACAGCCUCGCCAGGAAGAGAAACAUGGCCCCCAUGCCUCCAAUUAGCCCAGACUUCGGUGAAGACGAGAAUAAGCUCAGCCAGAUUGUUCGUCCGAAUUCUUUGGGAAAGCUUCCGCCAAAAUUACUGCCGCGUUCUUCGUCAAUCGACAACACUAAUAGACACUCAACUGGCUCGACGUCUACCGCCACUUGCUCCACCAAGUCGACGGAGUCUCUUUAUGCCAUAAGCGAAGGCUUUAAUAGUUCUAAUAAUAAUAGUGUCAUUAAUGGCGGUAAUUUUCAGUUGCUCAACAAUAACAAAGUUGUGAUGAGAUCACCGUCCGCAAAUAGACGUCGUCUUCUAUCAAAGUCUUUUGACGCGGAAGCCGUUCUUAAAGAUCGGUUCGACUGUUCAACUCUUGACAAAAGGAACAUCAAAAGGCUGUCGAAUCGAUUGCCUGAAAGGAGAAUCAAGAGAGAAAAUGGAUGUGGAACUUGUCAAGAGGAUUGCAGUCGGCAAAGAAGGUACGAGACGUUACCGGCAAGAUGUCGCAAGGUUAGAGCGGUGGAUGACGUUACCGACAAGAUGGAGGAUAGUGAGCGGGAUUAUGCGACCAGGAGCUUUAGCACAGUUGAUGUCAGGAACGAAAUCCUCGGGAACUAUUUGCUGGAUGCGACUGAUGUUAUUUUGCAGAAUAAUUUGGACUUUAAGGAAAAUUGUGGGACUUUGAGGACUAGACACAAUUCGUUGGAGGCUGAUGAGUCCGUGGCAAUUUGUCAAGGGUUUGCGACGUUACCUAGAAGAGGUAACACUUCUUCGUCGUCCUUAAUUUCGGCGUCUUCUGUUUCGUCGGCUGGCUCCUCGACCACUGGCAAUAAUAAUAGUAUUUGCAAUGGCAAAGAGAGGGAUUUUUUGCUGGCUAGAAGAUUGUCCGGAACUGUGCCCGUGCUAGAACCACUUUAUGAACACGCGGUGAGCAAUCCUGUUAAGCCUAGGCAAUGUGAAAAUGUGAUACCGUGGUGGGAACUCGCCACCAGGAAAUAUCGACACCGUAGCUGUCCCUCCUUGCAGGCCCACGUCGUAUCAGCCUUCGAGCAGUCCCUGUCGAACAUGACCCAAAGGCUCCAGCAGCUCACAGCGACCGCCGAGAAAAAGGACUCGGAGCUGCAAGAACUGCGGGACACAAUAGAGCGCCUACGAAAGCAAAGUGCCGAGGCAGGCCUGAACAACGGUACAUCACCGAGCGGACGAAGACAUACCUUAGGAGACUCAGACUCAGGGUCGACGGGCUGCACCGGUUUCAGCAACCAUCAGGGCUCAUCAAUGGCUCGGCAGCUAUCGGCAGACAGCGUGACUUCUCUAAACUCCUUAAGCAGCGCGUGUUCGGUGAGCAGCCACCACAAAAAGAAAGGCUGGCUCCGCAGCUCCUUCUCCAAGGCGUUCUCUAGGUCACGGAAAAAUCGCCACGGCUCGGUCUCCGACGCGGAGGACUGCAAGGACUCCGCCGUUCCGCGGAUUCCCGGAGAACUCAGCGCCCCCAACAGUCCUCGAUUGCCCACGGCGGUCAAGCACGACAAAAAUAAUCACGACAAUCAAGGACAGAAGGUGAACGGACAGCAAAAAUCACCGGAGCAUGAGAACGCCCUGUCUGCCAGCAAAAGCAGCUCCGUGCUCUACAAGAAGGACAAUGCCAAAGAAGAUGAAGACGUUGAUGAGCUCAAGAAACAAUUAAGAGAAAAGGACAUGGUGCUCACAGACAUCAGGCUCGAGGCUUUGUCUUCUGCUCAUCAAUUGGAGUCACUCAAGGAUACUGUUAUUAAGAUGCGCAACGAAAUGCUGAACCUGAAGCAGAACAACGAGCGACUGCAGCGCCUAGUAACCUCAAAGUCGCUAACCUCCUCGCAAUCAUCCCUGCCUAGCGACCCAGAACGCCGGUUCUCGUUGACAGAGGUCGUGUCGAGCGUAGCAGCGCUCUCUAACGGCGAUCACUCAUCGGAACAACUGGAAGAAUUGGGGGUUCCGGAACACCCGAUAGUUCCCAACACCAGAGCAUACCCCUCGACAACAUCAGAACCAGUAAUCGAGCAGGAAACCGACGGGAAGCGUAUCCACGUGGCAGUGUACCUGGGCAGCGAGAAUAGCUUCAACCUGAACCUGCUAACCGACGGAAUUAGCAGUGAGCCUCCUCACUGUGUCAUCGCGAGCGUGUGCAUCUCCAACAAGACCACCUGGGACUCCCUGGACUCGACAGUGCGUCGCUGCUUCAAGGAGUACGUCUCCCGAGUGGACCCAGUGACCACCCUAGGACUUGGAUUUGAGUGUGUCUCUUCUUACCACCUUGGAGAAGCCUCCAGGUGCAUUUCGGACUCUCAACAUCCUGAGCUGCUGCCCUGUGGGUACUUGAUAGGUCAUGUCAAGACAAUUUUCCUGGUCCUCAGUGGGUACUCUUGGUUAGCAAUCGACACCUUGAUCCCUAGGUCGAUAGUCCAGAGGUUGAUCAAUCUCCUGACAGAGCACCGUCGCGUGAUCCUCUGCGGGCCCAGCGGAACUGGGAAAAGCUACCUUGCAGGAAAACUCGCCCACGCUUUGGUAGAUUCUGACUCUGAUGGAGAAAACAAAGACGCAGCUGCUGUAGCGACUUUCAAUGUUGAUCACAAGUCCAGCAAAGAGUUGAGACAGUACUUGGCGCACAUUGCUGAGCGCUGCGACUCCAACGCAGCUGAUGAACUUCCCAGAGUUAUUAUUUUGGAGAACUUGCAGCAUGCUGCGUCUUUGGGCGAAUUGUUCAGCGGACUCUUGGGAACUAGACACCUGUCUUGUCCAGCGAUUAUUGGAACGAUGAGCCAGGCGACCUGCAGCACCACUAACCUUCAACUGCAUCAUAACUUCCGAUGGGUGCUGUGUGCGAACCACAUGGAACCUGUCAAAGGGUUCCUGGGAAGGUACUUACGCAGAAAGCUGCUGGAACACGAGCUCAGAGAAGAGGGUUGCAGGAACGCGGAGAUGGCUGCUGUUGUUGAGUGGCUCCCCAGGGUCUGGUUGCACUUGAACAAGUUCCUGGAGACACACAGCAGCUCGGACGUCACCAUUGGUCCCAGGUUGUUCCUGUCCUGUCCGAUGCAGGUCGCUGGCUCUCAGGUUUGGUUCACUGAUCUGUGGAAUUAUACGGUGAUGCCUUACCUGACUGAGGCUGUUAGAGAGGGGCUAACGUUGUAUGGACGACGGGCCAGUGGAAACGGGAACACUGAUGGCGGCUGGGAGGAUCCGACUCAGUUUAUUGUGUCCAGUUACCCAUGGGUUUCGGCUCAUGCUGUUCAUGGCGGAAGUGAUAAUCUUAUGAGGUUGAGGCCCGAGGAAGUUGGAUAUGAUGUCGUUAAUUCAGGGCAUAAUCCUGGAGUUGGAGCUUCUAGUUUAAAUAUGUUGAUGAGACUGCAGGAAGCCGCGAAUUAUUCAAGUCCACACAGCAACGACAGCGAUUCUGUUACUUCUCUAGAUUCUUCUCACACUCGACACUCUGAAGAUCUUACUUCAUCAUCUCGAGGAGUAGAGUCCACUCUAUAA